AUGGCCUAUGCCGAGAAGCACAAACUGAUCCCAACUGGUCAACAUGGUUCUUGCAAGCGUCACCAGGCCAUCGAUCUGGCUCUUACUAAGCGGCUCACUUGGGACCUUCUACAUAUGCAACGCCGCCCUGCAGGGUGGAUAUCCAAUGAUGCCAAGUCCUGCUUUGACCGGAUUGUCCACUGGGUGGCAAUCAUUAGCCUUAUGCGCUUUGGGAUUCAAUGGCGUACCCUUCGCUCCAUGUUUGACACCCUGAUGAAGUCUAAACACCGGGUGCGUACGGGCUUUGGUGAUUCGGACCCUGUCUUUACUCCUCCGACCCUGAUUCCAUUCCAAGGAUGUGGACAAGGCAAUGGAGCAGGAUGA